GUAAAGGACCUAUGUUUGUUGUGUUACGUUUUUUUCGUUAUCUGUCAACUUGAAUAUUAGAAAUUUCAUAAAGCGAAAGUACUCAAUGGACAGCAAAUAUGAAGCACUGCCAACAGUGCCUUCUGCAUCUGUUUUCCACGACAAUGGAAGCCUAUUUAGGCAUAAAAACGCUGGGGCCGUUAGAAAGCAGAAAUUGUUGAAAUGGAUUGGCAUUCUUUUUAUUGUGCUGACAGUCUUUGGAUGUGCAUUUUAUCGGAUUGUUGCAGAAACCAAGCAUUCAUCUAAUUUACUACAACAAAAUGUCUUCCAUCUUUUGUCUACAAGGAAUUCUGCAAAAAUCUAUAUGUGGGAUGUCUCUGGUGCAAAUGUAACACUGCUCCUGCAGAAUCAAGUGACUUUCUCUGAAGAUGUUGGAAACCCAGUUUCAUGUGACAACAGUUCUUUUGAUCUGUGUCUGAAAUGGGAAAAAGAAGGCAGCAAGCUUCCAAAUGCAAAAUUAACUUUAAGGCAGUUCCAGAUAAGUGAGGGUGUUGAAUGCCAUAAAUUAAAUGUGUCUGCUGCUUGGAAUGCAGAUAUAACAUCUUGUGUGUCCAUAACAGGAGAGCAUCUGUAUGGUGGUCCAGUUUUGAAACAAUCUCAGUACUGGCCCAGUGAGAAAAAUGAAAUGCAGAAUGUGCCACGUGCCACUGGACAGGGCACAAUUAAUGGAGUUGCAGAAUCAUUCUGGAUAACAUCUGGAGGAAAAGUUUUUUAUGUUCCACGUGAUGUUCCAUUGUUUAUCUCCCAAGACAGUCGCCAACUUUGUUUUCGAAGCAAACUUGCGUCACCCUACCUCCGAGAUACUGAAACCACUGUUAAUAUGAAACUUUAUUACUGCCAGAGCAAUGAUGCACAGAAGCUGCACAGGGCAACAGUUAAACGUUUCUUGGGGCUUCCAUCAGGCAUUCCAGACAAAGAAAUGAUACAAAACCCAGUGUGGUCUACUUGGGCCAGAUACAAGAGAGAAAUAAAUGCCACAGUUGUAACAGACUUUGCUGCUCAGAUAGCAGAGUAUGGCUUUAACAGGAGCCAUUUAGAAGUUGAUGAUCGGUGGGAAAGUUGCUAUGGUGAUUUUAAAUUUAAUGAAGGAUUCCCAGAUCCUGGACAGUUUAUUCAAGACCUCAACAAUAAAGGUUUUAGAGUUACCUUAUGGGCUCAUCCAUUUGUCAGUACUGUAUGUUCAGCAUAUUCUGAAGCAAAGUCAAGGAACUAUCUUGUGAAAAAUCUGGAUCAAAGUUGGGACAGAACUGUAUGGUGGAAUGGAAUUGCUGGUCUUGUAGAUUUCACAAAUCGUAAUGCAACAUCUUGGUGGAAUGGGAAACUAACAGCUUUAAGAGACAACUAUGGAAUUGAUGGUUUUAAAUUUGAUGCUGGUGAAACUUCUUACAUGCCUGGAUCUCCAGAAGUUGGACACCUUCAGUCUCCUAUAAGACUGCAGCCAAAUAUUUUCACUUCACAGUAUGUGGAAAAUGCAGCGUCACUUAGUAGAAAUGAAUUGAUGACUGAAUUCAGAGUAAUGUACAUGAAUCAAGGUCUACCAGUGUUCUUGCGAAUGUCAGAUAAAGAAUCUACCUGGGGUUAUGAAAAUGGCUUGAAGUCUUUAAUACCAACCUUAUUAUCACUCAAUAUUGUUGGGUAUUCAUUUGUUCUGCCUGAUAUGAUUGGAGGAAAUGGAUAUAGUACUAAACCAAGCAAAGAACUUUUCAUACGCUGGUUGCAGGCCUCUACCUUCAUGCCUUCUCUUCAGUUUUCAUACACACCUUGGGAUUACGAUGACGAGACAGUAGAAAUUGCAAAGAAGUUUACUAGCCUUCAUGCAGAGUAUGGAAAUAUGAUCAUUGAUUUAGCAGAACAGAAGGUUACGAAUGGAACACCUAUUAAUUUGCCAAUCUGGUGGCUUAAUCCUGCUGACGCAACUGCACUUGGAAUAGACUCAGAAUAUCUAUUGGGUGAGAAUUUGCUUGUGGCACCAAUACUAGAAGAAGGAGCAACAAGCAGAGACAUAUAUUUACCUGUUGGAACGUGGGAACAGAAAGUGAGAAGUGAUGCAACAACUGUUAUUACUGGCCCUGCAUGGAUCAGAGGUUAUAGAGUUGAACUUGAUGAGUUAGCGUAUUUUGUACGCGUGUCAUGAAUAAGUUCAUACAGUUGUAAAAAUAUUUAAAUUUGUAUGCAAUGUAUUAAUCGUUCACGGAGAGUUAUGAGCCAUAGUAGUGCAAACAGCCACAUGAAAUGUGUAACACUUAUUGUCAGGCAUUCAUGAAGUUGUAUGUUCUGAAGAUAAGGAAGAAGAGAUAAAGAUCUUUUCUCUAAAGUGAAUUCUCUGGUUCAGUUAUAUGAACCUAUGAUGUUGUUUAGCCUGUCUGUAGCCCGUAAUUUUGGUCACGUUGUCUCUCUUUAACGUAACUUUUACUUUAGUUUCAUAUUUUUAAUUUUGAGAGUAUAAUUUUAUAAAUUGCUGAUUCUCAUCAAAAGUUGAAGUGUUUGUCAUGCAUUGUGUUAAAUAUUUCAUGGUGUUACACUUUCAGUGCUCUCUUAUAUGCUUUUAUUUUGUGAGUUGAAACUUGUAUGCAUAUUUAUACACUGUGGAAUGCAAAGGCUGUGAAACUUGGUGUUAUACUGUAUACAUUGUUAUUAUGUUACUAAGUUUGUAUACUGAUAUUAAUGUCUGAAUUAUUAAACCUGCCUUUCAAGUUUGCUUGUUGCUAUCUUGAA